CUCCACCGCCGUCCAAGUCCUCAUCGUUUCUCUUCUGCACUUCCUUCCUGCAACCUCGUAGUCUUUCUGACUUGUACCAAUGGACGGCCCCGGCACGGUUACAUGGGAGGAAUUCCUCGAGAAUGCAGAAAGGUUUCUUGUUGUUUCAAACAAGAUAUCGGACGGAUGGGAGCUCCACGGGGACAAGGAUAUUCCUGGACAAGCUUAUCUAGUCAGAAGAGCCAAGUGCUUCGUUCCAAGCAAUACAACCGCAAGAAAUGACGGCUCGAUAACCGGCGAUGAUAACAAUGACGAGGAGUUCCACGUGAGAUUUCGGGAAGAUCCGCACGAGGCUGCUUCCACAAGUGAAACGCCUUUCAUCAUCGAGCAUCACGUUCUGUGGUCUAUUAGCUAUAGCGUUCCAAUGCUUCUCUUUAAUGGCUGGAAAUCAGAUUUCCCCGGGAUUAAUCCAGUGAGCGUAAAUGAGGCUCAAACGGUCCACGGUUACAAAUUAAAUUACACGGAAUUAUCGCAAGCGAUUCACCCUAUUGUCGGCACGCCAUUUCUGCAAUUACAUCCCUGUCUGUCCCAAGGGUUGUUGCGGAUCAUGUCAAAGAGCAAGAAUAAACUCGUCAGCUGGCUGAGCUGCGUGGCAUCCGCGGCUCUAAAUCUGAAAAUACACCCGGAAUAUUUCGAAUUGACUCACUGAAGCUUAUAUUCUAAGAAACGAUUCAACAGGAACAUUCUAGAUCUUGAACAUUCUAGGACGUUCGAGAACAGAAGGAUGUGUUCUCUGUACAUCUUUAGGAUAUCCUUUAGAGCUUGUGCUCGACAAGUCGCAAAAAAUUCACAUACGGGUCACGUGCAAACCACAAGUUGAGCAUCACUGCUGUGUAUAACUAUUUCUGUGCAUUGUACUUUGCAUUCCAACUUUACUGGAAGAAGGAAAAUACAGUUAAGUCACAGGAUUUUUGUACCUGAACUGAUACACUUUUGAAACUAAAAGUAAAAUAUAGAUAUGUAUGUUUGGUAUCUGGCGAAAGCGAGAAAAAAAGUU